CGAACGCGGACGGGACAAAGGACGCUUUCGUAUGCAGGCAGAACGACGCCAUGUUCAUUUGUCAACGGACGUCAAGGUGUUCCCGUGCGGAAGGAGCGAGCAUCUGCCAUCCGCCGCCGUCAUCGUUCUCGUCACCGUCGUCGUCGCGGAGGGGCCAAGCGGACGAGGUGGAACCCGACUGAUCGAGGAUUCCUCGCUUUUCUCGUCCGACUCGCCAGCAUGGAGUCGCGGAAGCGCAAACACGAGGAAUACGAGAUGCAGCUGUUCGGCUUCCAUUCCAGGGCCGUGUACGCGACUCUCAAAAGUAUUAUAAUGAAAAGAAUACAGUCCAAGAGCAAAAAGUUGUGUGAAACUUUGGAAAAACAAUACGAACUAGAACCUGAAAAUCUGACGGUACUAAGGAUGAACGAAGAGCAACUUAUAAAAGCCUAUCAUACAGCUUCUUUGCCUUAUUUGAAAAACAUUGAGAAUAACAUCAACAGAUUCAUCGCAGUACCUUCUCAUAUUCUAUCUAAUGAAGAUAAACUUCAGGCAACACAGUACACAGAGGCUGAGUUUGAAAAUGUGCAAAAGAAGUUAAAUGAUUUCCAACAAAGAGCAAAAAGAGCGACUAUAUUGAAUGCAGCAUUGAAGGAGGAGUUACAGCUGAUAGAACAAUUUUCGUUCUGUGUGGAGGAUGUCGACAGGCUGAGUCACAUAAUUGACAGUAGCGUCAUAUGCCCAGAUAUCAGUAACAAAAUUCAUCAGUUGGCCAAAGACUAUAAGAGAUUUAAUUCUUAUCUCAAUAAUGGAGCAUCUGUAUCGCAAAAAGCGCUCUACAAUGCGAUCAACAACCUCAAAUGUAUAGAUUGUGAUAUGGACAGCUUAUGAUUGUAAGAAAACUAAUUUUGGAGUCACAAUCUGGUGUGCUUCAUUACUGAUAUUACUGCCUUUUUAAAAUUAUGAUGUAAAUAUGAAAGAAUUAAUGUACUUUACAAAUAUCAUUCGCUAUGUAAUUUAUAAUGUACUGCAUAAAAUUUACUAUUUUAUUAAAUAUAUUUUCCAAGUAUUAACAACGAA